AGCAAUUGUAGGAGCAUCACCAGUACACGUUCACUGAACGAGAACGCCAACCCUCAAUGCGUCGGAAUCGUAGAAAACCACAACGUAAGCAACGUCGUCGUAAAAUCACCAAAGCCAAACAAAGUCGCAAAACCGUCAGCAGCAAACAAAGUCUAGAGCGCCGAAGAAUCGAGCGACAGCAAGAGAAAUUGCGAAAAAUGUCGUUGAAAUUUGGUAAAACCGUCGCUCCAAAUUUCGGACGCGCUUUUCAAAAUAGCAAACGUCAACUCACAAAGCAUCCAUACUUGAACUACUUGCGACACUUUAAGAGUAAACAUCCCAGUUACGGAUUCACACGUAUAUUACGUGAAGGUGCUGAGUCAUGGAAGCGUAUGUGCCCCGAGGAGAGGCAACAUUUCACGCAGAAGGUAUUCGAUUUCGGUGCAUUAUCGGAAGCGUAG